AAUAAUCCACCCUUGCAAAAAGAUAAGAUCUGUUGUGCUAUAACGCACAGAGUGGCUCAAUAAUUUCUCUUACAGCCCUCGUCAUCUGUUUGCAUCUACAAAUCUCUCCCUCCAUUCACCACCUAAGAAAGACUGAUGCCUGCCGGCGGGCUCCGCAGCCCCUCUCCGCCACGGACACCGGCGAAUGACUACUACAGAGCCGACGACGACGAGGCCUGGGUGUGGACCCAGAUCAAAGCCGAGGCCCGCCGCGACGCCGAGUCGGAACCGGCUUUGGCUAGUUACCUUUACUCCACGAUCCUCUCUCACUCCUCGCUGGAGCGAUCUCUUGCCUUCCACUUAGGCAACAAGCUUUGCUCCUCUACCCUUCUUUCCACCCUCCUUUACGAUCUAUUCCUUAACACUUUCUCCUCCGACCCUUCUCUCCGCGCCGCUGCCGUCGCUGAUCUUCGCGCCGCCCGCGUCCGGGACCCUGCUUGCAUAUCGUUCUCGCACUGCCUUCUCAAUUACAAAGGAUACUUGGCUUGCCAGGCUCAUCGAGUUGCUCACAAGUUGUGGACUCAAUCCCGUAGGCCACUGGCACUAGCUUUGCAGUCUCGAAUCUCUGAUGUUUUUGCUAUUGAUAUACAUCCAGCGGCAAAGAUUGGAAAGGGGGUACUAUUUGAUCACGCAACUGGUGUGGUGAUUGGUGAAACUGCUGUGGUUGGGAACAACGUUUCCAUUUUGCACCAUGUUACACUUGGAGGAACAGGGAAGGCAUUGGGGGAUCGACAUCCCAAGAUUGGAGAUGGAGUAUUGAUCGGAGCGGGUGCCACAAUUCUUGGAAAUGUCAAUAUUGGGGAAGGUGCAAAGAUUGGAGCAGGCUCUGUGGUACUUAUUGAUGUGCCCCCUCGGACCACAGCAGUGGGAAAUCCUGCAAGGUUGGUGGGAGGAAAAGAAACCCCAGUUAAACAUGAGGAAUUUCCUGGAGAAUCAAUGGAUCAUACUUCUUUCAUCUCAGAGUGGUCAGAUUAUAUCAUUUGAUUUCCUGGUUCGAUCUUAUAAUUGUCCUACAUAUGGUUCAUAUAUUUGUACGUUACUGCGUAUUGCCAAAUAAUCCCUUUCUUGGUUGGCUUUGAUAGUUUAGAUCAACAAGGGAUAAAGCUGAUGUCUUUCCUCUUUAUGCCUGUUUGGUUUGAUCGAUGAGUACUUGUUACCAACUAAUCUACUUAAAGCAGUGAACCAUCUUUAGAAA